AUGAUGAUGAUGAUGAUGAUGAAGAUGAUGAUGACGAUGAUGAUGACGAUGAUGAAGAACGGCAACGAUAACAAAAGGAAGAUGAUGCUACUUAAGAUUGGAAAGAAGAAGGAGGAGGACGAUAGCAACGGCAAGAAAGUAGAUAGUGAUAAUGAUGGCGAAGAAGAAGAAGGAGAAGAAGAAGAAGAAGAAGAAGAAGAAGAAACAGAACGAUGA